GACCUUGCAUCUCCCAAUCCUCUAGAUAUCAGUGUGGCUGUCAAUGGUUUAUCUCAUAUUGUCACUCCUGACCUUGCUCGGGACCUAUGUCAAGACUUGGUGGCCAUGCUAAAUCAUUCUCGUCCUUAUAUACGGAAAAAGGUAGUUCUGAUGCUUUACAAGGUGUUUUUAAAGUAUCCUGAAGCACUUCGUCUUAGUUUCCCUCGUAUUAAGGAAAAACUUGAAGAUGCUGAUCCUUCGGUUGUUUCUGCGGUAGUGGGUGUGAUAUGUGAAUUAGCUCGAAAGAAUCCCAAAAGUUAUCUUUCGUUGGCUCCUCAAUUAUUCAAAUUGUUGACAACUUCUUCAAAUAACUGGAUGCUUAUCAAAAUCAUUAAACUGUUCGCAUCAUUAACACCAUUGGAACCUCGUCUGAUUAAAAAACUCUUACCUCCUUUGACCUCACUGAUUCAGACUACUCCUGCUAUGUCUCUUCUUUAUGAAUGUAUAUAUACUGUGAUUACUGGUGGAUUUUUGGAAGCAGCCGGUGAAUCAAGUCAUGCUUUGGCUUCUACAUGUGCAAAAAAGUUGAGAACCUUUUUGGAGGAUCCAGAUCAAAAUUGUAAGAAGAAAGAAAAAAAAAACUCAGAACAAAAAGACAUCAUUUUGGAAUGUAUCGACGAUGAAGAUAUCAGUAUCCGUUUACGUGCUUUAGAUUUGGUUGUUGGAUUGGUCAACCGCAAAAAUACUAUGGAUAUUGUUCAACGCCUAGUAUCACAUCUUUCGGUUCCUUCCUCUGAAGAUUCACCUGCUUCAAUUCAUGAACCUUCAACCAUCCUUGAUCCUGUUUAUAGAAUGGAUAUCAUCAAUCGUAUUGUCUUUAUUUGCUCUCAAGCCCAAUAUCAUAAUAUCACCAAUUUCGAAUGGUAUAUCUCUGUCUUGGUUGGAAUCACCCAUACUGCUGGAGUAAAUGUAGGCGAACUCUUGAUGAAUCAAUUAAUGGAUGUGGCCGUCAGGGUGAAAAGUGUACGAGAAUAUUGUGUUCAACAAAUGUUCCAUCUACUAUCCGAUCGACAAUUUAUAGAAACAUGCAAGAAAAGAGAUUCCAACAUUGAGGUAUUGACGGCUGCAGCAUGGAUCUGUGGUGAAUAUUGCAAUUACUUGGAAGAUAUACCUACUACUUUGGAAUGUUUACUUGUUCCCAUGGUUGCUCGAUUACCUGUCAAAGUCCAAUCAGUCUAUGUUCAAAACAUUAUGAAGAUCUAUGCUUUCUGGGUAACGGAACUGAUGCAUCAAUGGAAUCCUGAACUUCAAGGCGAAUUUCUCAAAGUGACUCAGGUUAUCACCGACAAAAUGGAUAUGUUUACUAAAAGUUCGGAUAUUGAAGUUCAAGAACGAGCAUGCAAUGUCAAGACUAUAUUCAAGAUUAUUAUCGAUACAGUAUCCGGAUUUACUAGUGAUACUGAUGGUCAACCUCCUCUUAUACUUGAAGGUCUUCCAGCCCUCUUCUUUAUUUAUGAACUGAAUCCUGUGGCUCCCAAAGCACAAAGGAAGGUCCCUGUUCCUGAAGGUCUUGACUUGGAUGCAUGGAUCAAUGCUCCUUUGCCAGAUUUGAUUGAAGACAUGUAUUCGGAUGAGUCAUCUAUGGAAGGUGUGGUCAACUCUAUAGUUUCAAAAUCGAAAUCAAAGAAAAGCAAAUCUAAACGCCGUCAUUCCAGACGACGCAGUAGUGAAAACGAUGAAGAAAAAGAACGACGUCGUAUUGCGCGUAUGGAAGCUCAUCGCAAUGAUCCUUACUAUAUCAUGUCUGACAAGUCCGAACAAAGGAAACAUGAUCGUCUAUUGGAACUAGAAGAUGUGGAUUCGAUACCCAUUGUACAAUUAUCUUUGGAUGAAGAAAGUGAUAGACCAGUGAAACAUAAGAAAACAAAAGGUGGAAGUAAGAAACGCAAUCAUACCAGGAUACCUACACCACCUCCACCAGUCUAUGCGGAAGAAGAAAUGCCAGAAAAUGCUGCGAUAUCAGGAAGUGAAAUCGAUGAAGACAAUACAAAUAAGAAGACAAAAAAGAAGAAGGCAAUCGUACCAACCAUGACAUACACUAGAAAGGAAACCCAUGAUAUAUUUGCAUCUAAUGAUGACGCUAUUUCUGGUCUUCACAGUGUAGAUCUCAACACUCCUCUUGGAGAAGAAGAACAUUUUCCUCCACCUCAAAGUUAUCUCAGUCCUGAACAGGUGCGUGAAAAGGAACUUAUUCGUUUGAAGGCAGAACGAAAGGAACGUCGUGCUGCUGCUGCUGCUGCUGCUGCCAGUGAUUCUGUUAAGAAAAGCAAAAAGAAAUCAUCUGCUGAAAAGGUACGAUUGAAAAGAAAAAAUGGAUGA